GCUCCAAUCAUUUCACUGCAGCAGUUCCAGCCCUGCCUUCCGAAGGAGGAGCCUCUGACGUUGUACAAAUAAAUACGCUCCAUUGGCUUCCGUUUCGAGAAGGGCUCCGUGUCCUUUGCUUCCCCUGUGAGUCUUCUUCUUCCCCGAGAGAUUUGGCCCUUGAAGGAAAAGGAGACGAAAAGGACGAUGAAAAUGAUACUUGUGUUCUCCGUCGUGACCAUCUUUGCAUUGUCAAAUGCCUGCCCAGAAGAAUCUCUACGCGCACUGGUCAAAUAUGAAGUGGCCCAGGUAGAGAACAGGAUAGUUAAAAGACUGGAAGCCUUGGUCAAUAGACAGAAUGUGCAGACCGGAGUCAGUGGUGCUACCUUCUGCUCGGCAACGUCCAGUUGGGGCCACCCGUUUGACGUGUUCGGGAGAGGCGCCCAGCACUUCUUGGCUUUCCGCGGAACCGCUGGUGUGGGCCACUCGGUCUAUGACGCUUACAUCGGAGACUACAACAAGAAGUCACCAAGGCGGAACAUUGAACCGUGCUGCACACAGGUAAACGGAUCACUUCCUUGCUCUGGGCAUUACCGUAAUGCGGCCAUCUUGAAUAACUGGCAGAAUAUCGAAGAAGUGGUUGUGGCUCUGUAUGACCGAGGUGUUCUCAAACAGUCCUUGAGGUUUGAUGCCGCCGGCACAACAUAUUUGUCCUGGUUCAGUGCUGACAAACUCAAGAACUCUGGAAAGUGGCGAGAUCUGAAGAGCAAGACCACCAACUACUUCUCCAUUGCUGGGCAUCUGAGCUAUAAACGCCGCUUCUACAUUAACCAUAAACUCCAUGGAUGUAAGCAUGAUGAUGGUUGGUUCAUGGCCAUGGAUAAAGCUCGGCCUCCAUGCCCUUAUGAAAGGCAUUCAUCUUUCCCACAGUUCUUAUACAGCAGUGGCAACGCACGCGCGCUCUGGUCUACCAGUGGGGACACUGUUCAAGCUGACGUCAUGGCAAUUUUCGUCAAGCCAUACAACGGCUGUAACAACCGCUAACGUCUUAAAAGUGUAACAGCAUUUUUUGGAUUUUGUUAUUAUUCUUGUUUUUUGUUGCUGUUGUUGCUGUUGUUGCUGUUGUUUAUAUUGUUUUCUUUUUGUUGUUGUUUUUUUUUGGUGGUGGUGGUGAUGGUGUUUUGUUUUACUUUAAAAUGUAAUGAAGGAAAACACUCUCUUUGUUGAACAAUGUGAUUAGUGAAAGAAAGUAAUGACCUUUGACUUAAAAGAAUAAACGAAAUACAUUUAAUC